AUGUCCAGUUUGCGCAGUGAGGGUGGGGGUCGACAUGGUUGCCCAUAUAACACUGCAUCAUGGAAAUAUUUUCAAGAUAUCCUUUCUACGCGGAAGAGGAAAUCCCGAAAAGGUGGGUCCAAUUCAACACUAUCGUUGUUGAGGAGGGAACUGCGAGAAGGAAAUCUGCAGUCCCUUUUUGGAGGGUCUUCCUAUGUAGUUCCUUCAACCAAUGUGGCAGCUGACCCAUUAUUGUCAUCAUUUAUUUUGCCUAUGUCUGAUGAUUUUGUGAGUGCCCAAUCUCAGUCUUCAGCUGAUGCAAUCUCUGUGAAGAAAAGCAUGAAUGAGUCUAUUUCAGAAAGGUAUGGGAUGGCUUUCUUAACUAUUUACCCCCCUAAUAGUUGGAUAUGUUUCAUUUGUUCAGUUUAGUUAUUUUGCUACAAAUUUCUGCAAAACCUGAUCCAAGGAACUUAAAUAAAAAUAAUGUUUAUGAGAAAGGAAAAAAGAAAAAGUUUUAAUUGUGUGUAAAUUCACUUAAUAUGUUCCAAAGGAAAAAAAAUUUAGGUAAGGUGUUUAGCUUUCUUAAUUUGUGUUAAAUAGUAUUCUGCAAGUUGGCUUCGUCAAAAGUAAAUACAGCAUGGGUAAUUUAUCAAGAUUUAGCUGA